AUGGUCGUCGCGCUGAACGCCCCGCAGUGGGACGGCGGCGCGCACUGUGGUCAAAUGCUCACGAUCACGCUCGGCGGCAAGAGCCAGACCGCUAAGGUCGUCGACCUCUGCCCCGGCUGCGCCCACGGCUCUCUCGACAUGUCUCCCGCGCUUUUUGAGAAGUUCAACUCGAAGGAUGUCGGCCGCUUCCAGAUGUCUUGGACCUGGAACGACGGUUCCGGCGGCGGUUCCUCUGGCGGCGACCAGCAGCAGCAGCAGGAGCAGAGCUCGGAGGAGCCCAAGCCCAGCUCGAAGAAGGAGGAGAAGCCCUCGUCUACCUGGUCGCCCGAGCCUACGAGCACCUGGACGCCCGAGCCCAGCACCGAGGCGCCGAAGAGCACCUCGACCUGGUCGCCUGAGCCCAGCUCGACGGCUCCCUCGAGCUCGGCCGCGCCCUCGCCCAGCUCGUCCUCGUCCGCUGCCCCCUCCACCUCGUCGUCUACUGCCGCGCCCUCGUCCUCGUCCUCGACGACCUCAUCGUCGUCGGCCGCGCCGUCCUCUUCGUCCUCGACGCUGCCCUCGUCCAACUCGACCCUCUCCACCUCCACCUCGCAGAACAGCACCUCGGCCAGCUCUAGCUCGACCCAGAGCUCGAGCUCCUCCACCCGUCUGCCCGACGUCUCGGCCGAGUCGCCCAAUGACUCGGUCCUCACGCCCGGCAGCAGCGAGGGCAACCUCGCCAAGGUCAACGAGCUCGUCGUCUCGCUUGGCCGGCUGGUCGUUGCUGGUGCGACGGCUUAA